UGUGGGGGAGGCUCCUCUCCGAGCUCGGCCCAGGCAGAGACUACGCCGCGGGCUCAGAAUAUUCCUCAUCGGGAUGGUUACCUGGUACUGAAUCACUGUGGCAAGCCACGACAGGUCCAUCAAGCAGUCGAAGUACCCAUAUCAGAAGACACAGCAUAGCUUCUGACAGCGGGGACACUGGCAUUGGAACCUCCUGUUCUGAUAGUGUGGAAGAUCAUUCCACCUCAAGUGGUACUUCUUCGUUUAAGCCCAGCCGUUCACUGGUCUCAAUUCCUACUGCCCAUGUGAUGCCGUCUAAUGCCAGCUCUUCGUUUUCCAGACACAGGGAACCUUUCAACUCUGAUGGUUCAAAGUGGAGUAUGAGCCUUUUGAGGACAGCUGAAAGCAGACAUCAGGGCAUGCUGGACAGUUCUCUUGACAUGAAAGAUUUAAGGCCUGUAAGGAAAUGGUCAUCCUUAUCUAAGCUAAGCACACCUGCUACUUGUAGCCAGGAUGGAAGUGUCCACUCAGCAGCGUGCAGAACCAGCAUGGAUAAAAUGGGAAGAGAGAAAACUAUGGCACUGCAGUUAAGAACAACUGGGACAGGCUGCUUGCACAAUAGUAUGGAACUACUCAAGAUUGAGGACAGAGACAUGGGGAAAAAAAGGAAUUCCACCUUGGACUGCAAAUACAAAUUUGAAAGUUGCAGCAAAGAAGACUUGGAUGUUCCUGAUCCCUCAAACAGGAGACAUGCCUUAGACAUGACCUAUAGUGCCUUACCAGAAAGCAAGCCUGUUACAUCAAACUGUGAGGUUUUUGGACAAGGCUAUAUAACUUUGGGACCACAGGCUGUGAGUGGGGUUCCCAUUCAGCCAUCUGAGAGAACUCAGAGAUGGCUUACAGAACAAUUUCAUACAAACCCUCCAGACUCUAGGCCUUCGGAAGAGUCAUACAGUUUAUCCUCUUGGCAGUUACAGCAGCUUGAAGAACUUAGAGCUAGAAGUGAAUAUCCCCUGCAGGUUCUAAGUGGAUCAUCUCAUCAAGGUUACCCAGCUGCAGGUAUUCAGGAAUUCAGCAAUUGGGAAUCCCUGAUGAAAAUCAAAGAAGGGUUGUUGAGGCAGAAAGAGAUGGUGAUUGAUCGGCAAAACCAGCAAAUUAACCUUUUACACCAGAAGAUAAGGGAGAAUGAAUUGCGAGCUCAGCAAGCAAGGCUGGGACACAUUGUGAAUUGUGAAGACUUUUCUUUCAUGAGUAGUUUCCAGCAUCCUCAGUAUGAGAACACACCAAUGCAGCCUCAGUUUGCUGAGAGGUCUAUGGCCCAUUGUGAAAGCGAUGAGUUGGAACGGAAGCUUGCAUCAGUACAGAGUAAGGAACUGCAACUCAGCGAGUUCCUCAAACAAAUGGCAAACAAAUCCAAUGAAGACAAGAAGAAGAUGGAAGAGAAGCUCAAAACUAGGGAUCGAUACAUAAGCAGCCUGAAAAAGAAAUGCCAAAAAGAAUCAGAACAAAACAAAGAGAAACAAAGAAGAAUAGAAACACUUGAAAAGUACCUGGCUGACCUACCAACGUUGGAUGAUGUUGAAAGUCAAAGUAAACAGUUGCAGGUUCUAGAAGAAAAGAACAAGCAGCUACAAGCUACAGUGGUUGAGCUAGAGAAGGCCCUUGAGGAAUCCAGAACACAAUGUACAGAGAAAGAAUUGCAGCUUGUGUGUCAGAAAAAGAAAGAAAAAGAAUUGGUAACUUCAGUACAGAGCCUGCAACAGAAAGUAGAAAAAUGCCUAGAAGAUGGUGUACGCCUUCCUAUGUUGGACACAAAACAACUUCAGAGUGAAAAUGAAAGCCUCAAAGAGAAAAAUGAGAAAGCCAGCAAGGUCAUUGACAAUCAACAGAAUCAAAUAGCUGAAAUGACUUUAGAGAUUCAGUCUAUGCAAGAGAAGCUUUUGCAAGAAAAACUGACAGUCCAGAAGCUGAAAAUUGAACUUGAAGAAAGGGAUGAGACUAUACUGCAGUUACGUAAGACUCUACAAGAAAACCAAAGAUUUAUGGAAGAAAAUGCCUCUUUGAGAGAACAAAUGCAUCAAGUGGAACAGUCCAGACAGCCGGUUGCUGAGAAACUGCCUGUGGCUGACCAGUUGUUCAAGGAAAUGUCUCACUGUUUGUUUGACUUGAAAGCACUUUGCAGUAUUCUUACCCACAGAGCUCAGGGCAAGGAGCCUAACCUAUCUUUACUGCUGGGAAUCAGAUCAAUGAACUGCUCAGCCGAAGAUGAGAACUACCACAGCACAGAAAGCCUCUCGAAGAAACUCUCAGAGGUCUGUCAGCUACGAAAGGAUAUUGAUGAAUUGAGGACUAUAAUAUCAGAUUGUUAUGCUCAGGACAUGGGAGAAAAUUGCAUUACACAGUGAUAAAAGGUUUGUCCUCCCAGCAACAGUGACAAACUUAUUAAAUGCUGCUCUGGUGGUAGUUCCUUGUAUUUCUGUUAUGGAGCCAUACUGGAAGAUGUGCUCUUUGUAGCAGGUCAAAGGAUUUCAGAUGGUUGCUCAUGGUGAUGAAGCAGUCAUUAGUUGAAGAACAUGGUACAUGCUGUAAGAGAAAUUUGAUUUCUUCAAAACUACUGAAUGUAGGCCCAAGCUGUGAAGAAUGUGCUACUAUUGAUCGAAGUACAGGAUUCUGAUUCUUCUCUGAUGGCCCAUAAAAAUAACUGUCCACAUUGUAUUCUGGAGUCAAAACAUAUGUCCAGAAGAGGGCACUAAUUACUGCUGUAUUAUUUUCCCCUCU